CAGUUUCAUCAUUCUUUUUAGAUAAAUAAAAAAAUCAACGUUAAACUCCUCGUGGCUUUGAUGAAAAUCAUCUAUUCUAUUCUAUAGGGUGCAUUCGAUUUAGCCGUACCGUAUCUAUCGCAGUUCCUAUCGCAGUACGGUAGUCGACCGCAUGUGACAUUAUCAGAAAAUUCAACAUGACGUCGCUGGCUGUGCCGGUUGCAGUGAAAUUCGGUCGUCUUGCAAUUGAAAAUGUUUACCACACGAGCAAAAACCUCAUUCUGCGGCCAGCAAGCAGUUCUACAACAUUUGUUUCAUUAAAAAAAAAUUUUGGCACAGCAGCAGAGGAACAAAGUCAAUCUGACCAACAAAUUGUUUCAGAAGCAGAAAAGAAAUUGAAAGCUGAAAUUGAAUUGUUAAGUAAAGAAGUUGUUGAACUGAAAGAGAAAAAUGCAGAACUUAAUGACAAGUACAAGAGAUCUCUUGCAGAUAGUGAAAACCUCAGAGUGAGAUUAACAAGACAAAUUGAAGAUGCGAAACUUUUUGGAAUACAAGGAUUUUGUAAAGAUUUACUAGAUGUAGCAGAUAUCUUAGGAAAAGCGACAGAAAGUGUUCCCAAAGAUGAAGUUACAGAAAGAAAUCCUCAUUUGAAGAGUCUGUAUGAAGGUUUAAUCAUGACUGAAGCACAGUUGCACAAAGUGUUUAAAAAGCAUGGUUUAGUAUCGCUAAAUCCUUUGGACGAAAAGUUUGAUCCUAACCAACAUGAAGCUCUAUUCCAGCAGGAGGUUGAAGGUAAAAAACCAGGAACUGUAGUUGUUGUCUCAAAAAUUGGUUACAAGCUUCAUGAAAGGAUAGUGCGACCAGCAUUGGUUGGUGUUGCAAAGGGAUAAAAAUUGUAUUAUUUCACUAGAAUCAGUUUUUUGUUACAAGAAAUUUUUUUUAAAUAAUCUUAUUUUAUCAUAAAAGUGACAUUCUAGAUAGCUAUGUAAAGUGUAUAAAAAUAAGCAUAUAACGUAUUUCAUUC